AUGCCCAACGACCUACCUGCAGACGUACCCCCUGGAGGGGGGGGUGGAGGUGGUGGUGGAGGCAGUGGAGGGGGUGGGGGUGGUGGUGGGAGUGGUGGCGGGGGUGGAGGUGUUGGUGGCAGCAGUGGAGGCGGCGGCGGCGGCGGCGGAGGCGAAGGGAGCGGAGGCGGCGGAGGCGGCGGAGGUGGUGGAGGCGGCGGAGGUGGCGGAGGCGGCGGCGGCAGCAAAGGACCUGGUCGCGGCUCUGCGCAGAGGAGUGGCUCCGGUGGUGGUCCGCGCCAGCAGCAGCAGCGCAGUCGUGAGACCCUGUCCCCUCAGCAGCUUCGUACGCUGCACGUCAGUGCGUGCGGGGGCUCACACUCCACCCAACGCUGCUUCGGCUGCCAGACGGACGCGUGGCGUCACCAGUUCCCUGAGGCGACAGAGAUCCCUCACUGGGGAGAGCUGUCUAGGGCGGGGGUUGCUAUCUUUGAUCUUGAUUUUGAUGCUAUUCUUGCUGCCAUGUAUGCUGUUGCUGAUAGUGUUGAAGGUGACUGUUACCUGUGUGUUCCGCCUGACCCGGGCAUUGAGACUGCUGCUCUAGGUGCUGGUGAGGCUGCUGCUCUAGGUGCUAGCACGUCUGCUGCCCCAGGUGCUGGUGAGUCUGCCCUCUCAGGUACCACGUCGGCUCAGGCCUUACACACCUUCACCCUUGACUCGAGUGCUUCCCGCUCCUUCUUUCAAGACCGCACCACGCUUACGCCGCUUAGUCGGCCGGUUGCGGUCUCCCUGGCGGACCCCUCUGGGGGUCCUGUCCUUGCUCGCUUCUCCACAGUCUUACCGUGUCCGGCAGCCCCCUCUGGCACCCUGUCAAGUCUCUACCUCCCCUCGUUCUCUACAAACUUGGUGAGUGGCGCUGAUCUAAAGGAUAGGGGGGUUGACCAGUUCACUCCUGCGAGUCAGCGGAUGACCCACUGCACGUGUGCUCGGACAAGCAGACACUUGGCCACGUUCACCCGUCGGCCGGGGUCGAGCCUGUACACCCUCACUACUGAGUCUCCUCCGGCUGGUGAGCCUGGUCGGGUCGCUGCGUCGAGUCAGGUGUUUGCUGCAGCGUCCAGGUUUGGUCCUGAGUCUGCUCCCUGCUCGUGUCGUCUCCUGUCUCACCAGACUCUCCUUUGGCACCACCGCCUUGGUCACCCCUCCCUGCCUCGUCUCCGAGGCAUGGCCUCCCGUGUCCUUGUCUCUGGUCUCCCCCAGUCUCUCCCUCCUCUACCUCCGGGGCCUGCCCCUACCUACGUCCCCUGCGUCGAGGGGCGACAGCGCGCCGCCCCUCACUCCUCCGAGUUUCCUCCGACAGAGGCUCCGUUGCGGACUAUUCACAUGGACGUGUGGGGCCCCGCCCGCGUCCGUGGCCCGGGGCACGAGCGUUACUUCCUGUUGGUGGUUGACGACUACUCGCGUUACACCACGGUCUUCCCCUCGCGCAGCAAGGACGACGUCACUAAGGUGUUGAUCGACUGGAUCCGCGCAGCUCGUCUCCAGCUCAAAGAGAGUUUCGGCUCCGACUUUCCUGUUCUACGUCUGCACUCUGACAGAGGCGGGGAGUUUUCCUCUGCCCGUCUGGGAGCCUUCUGUCGUGCACAGGGCAUCCGCCAGACCUUCACGCUUCCGGCCUCUCCACAACAAAAUCGGAUUGCUGAGCGCCGCAUUGGCAUGGUCAUGGACGUCGCUCGUACGUCCAUGAUCCAUGCGGCUGGCCCCCAUUUUCUGUGGUCGUUUGCAGUUCAGUACGCGGCGCAUCAGCUCAAUCUUCAGCCUCAGGUCUCCUUGCCAGAGACCUCUCCCACCCUGCGGUGGACGGGGAAGGUUGGCGAUGCGUUUGCGUUUCGGGUCUGGGGAUCUCGGGCGUUUGUCCGCGACUUGUCCGCGGACAAGCUGUCCCCCCGUGCUGUUCCCUGCGUCUUCCUUGGCUUCCCCCCUGAUGCGCCUGGGUGGCAGUUUUACCACCCCACCUCGCGUCGUGUUCUGUCCUCCCAGGACGUCACCUUUAACGAGUCGGUGCCUUACUACCGUCUCUUCCCCUACCGCGCUGCGCCCCUUCCCCCGCCGCCGCUCUUCCUUGCACCAGGUCCUCCCCCAGUAGACCCCCUCCCCCCUCUGGGUCCUGCCCCGUUAGGUGUGUCCCAGGUAGACGCAGUCGAGCCUGUCGAGGUAGCUGUUGACUCUGCUGUUGCUAGAGGUGCUGAGCCUGCGGGUGCCGGAGUCUAA